AUGGAUCUACAGGCCGACAGAGAAGAAAGAAAAAAACAGUGCUUCCCGAAGCGUCCUGGACCCAGAGAGAGUCGUGACCUGACCCGGGCGGCCCGUUCUCUGGAGGUGGAGGCGGUUCUGUCCAAGCCUCGGUUCCACCUGGACCUCUGGCUCCGCUUCACCGUCCAAAACUGGCUCCUGGAUGUCGGCCGGCCUGUUGUCAUGCUGGUCCUCCCAGCCGACUGGUUUCCCCUGAACCGUCCCGGUGCUGCCGAAUACCUCCACAUCCUGUACAACAUCUGCACACCGCUCAUCCAGCUCAAAAUGCUUGAGCGCAGCCCCAGGACGUUUCCCCGGCUCGCCGUCCAACUCGGCGUCAUUGCCGUUGUCAUGGGGACCAGCCUCCACCUGGUCGCCGACUCCAUCACCCGACGGCUGAUGCUGAUUGGCUACCAGCCGCACCUGUCGCUCAGAGAGAAUCCAGUCAUGAAGGACCUGAAACCGUCCGCCCUGAUCGAUGCCUUUGAGCUUCUGUUUUACUUUGACGACACUCUUGGUCAUCUGAUGUGGUAUGUUCCCCUUUUCCUCGUCCUCUUCCUCUUCUUCAGCGGAAGUUUCAGCUACCGGAGACAGGAAGAGAAGAUGCCAGUGGCCGCGUGGAUGCUGCUUGUUCCCAACGCCACAUACUACUGGUACCUGAUCACAGAGGGACAGACCUUCAUCCUCUUCAUCUUCACCUUCUUCGCCAUGAUCGCCACGGUGAUGCACCAGAGGAGGCGGGGCAUGGUUCCCGACGGCAACGGCCUCUUCAUGCUCUACAGUUUCUCUGCAGCUCUGUUCCUGGUGGCGGUGUGGGUGGCGUGUCUGUGGAGCGACGGCGUCCUAAGGAAGAAACACCCCGGGCUGAUCUACGUACCGCAGCCUCGCGCCGUCUUCACACUCCACCUCCGCCAGGACACGCACACGUAACACACAACACUUCCUCCAACAGACACACACCUUCACACUGCCACUGACUCCAUUUGUUGAAAGGACAAAUGUUGGAUUUCCUCUUCUCUGGUUCUGACUUUUCAAAUGUCAUACUGGCAAAAUGUUUUAAGGGUGUGAUGAUGACAGAGGGGGACAGAAAUGUUUCAGAUCGCCCAGGGCUAUCCGGCCUGAGUGAAAUAUAUUCCAAUGUUAACGCAAGGCUUAGACAAAUUCCAGUAAGAUGUGAAGAGAGUCACCCUUCCUGUACUGCAGGGAAAUUUCACAGAGUUGUAAACUCUAUGUGACCUUCCCCAUGAAAACAUGGUUUAAAGGGAUAGUUUAACUACAGUAGAUGGUGGCCGGCCAACA